UGACUCACAGUGGUGCGGUGGACGCCGUGGUGCUUAAUCGAAGCUGUCAAUCAGCAAAUCACCAACAUUACCAAGAGAGCCAACACAAAAAAGCAGCAGCAGCAGCAGCAGAACCAUCAAUAAAUAGUAGGCACCAUUCCGCGGCCCUCGCCCGGAAUAUUCCGAUUGCUCGCGCUCGAAUCGAGAGCGCCCGCGCGGCGCACCGCCGCCCCGUGGUUCACCUGCGUGCAGCAAAGCAAUCGACGAGGAGGAGGAGCAGCAGUCGUCCGCCACACACCGUGUCCUGCACACGAAGGCGUUCGUCGAGCACAGGAGGGGCAGGGUAGUGCAAACAGUGAAGUGCGCGCGGCGGUACGCGAACCCCCCCCGCAGGACAGCGUCAGAGCAUCGCGUUUUCCAUCGCGUUUCCCGCAACACUCCCGGAAGCGGCCAGUCCGUCCAGUGUCGGUGGACGGGCAAACGCGCGCCCAUCGUAUGCGCGCAGCAGCAGGCGUGAAUCCGGAAGUGCGAUAGCGCGCAAAGUGUCGUCUGCUUCUGUGUGUGGCAGCAGUUGUUUACCUUCAACGCAUCAAUCGCGCGGUGCUGAAGAGGAAAAAAUUCGGAACCGUCGGCAUCCGGCCGACACCAAAGGCAAAGUUUAUAGUGCACCGAAUACGGUGGCAGUGACAAUCCCCCGGGGAAAGUGCCAAACGUGCCAAAGUCGUGCCCAGCAUCUCGCGCGGAUUGCUUUGUUUUGCUUUCUUUCUGUCUGAUUGACGCAAAGCUGACAUCCGGAGCUGGUGCGGGCAGGUUCUUUGCGUUGUUAAGAUCGUUAAAACGUUACAGUAUGUUACGGUGAACGGUGCUACUAAAUUGCUUGGCAUCUUUGCGGAGUUGCACGCCUGUUUGUGUUGGGGACUGUGUGUGGCUGACUGUGUGUGGCUUGUAGGGUAGACUCCUCGCCUCGCCAGUGUUUUUUUUCUUCCUCACCCCGUGCCCUCAGAUGGUUGCACUCUGAGCGCCGGAGGAGUGGAAUGCUGUACGAUUAUCAGCCUCAGCCUUAUCAGCAGCAGCAGCACCUGCCGCAAGAAGGAGGAGGAGGAGCAGGAGCAGGCGCAGGAGGAAGGGGAGGCAAAGCAGGUGGAAGAGGAGGCAGAAGAGGUGGCGGAGGAGCGAGCAAGGGAGCGUCAGCCACAAUGCCGAAGAAGGAUUCCAAGUCCGAUGAGGGCGGCCGCAAAACCAAGAUGAGCCAGGCGGCUGCGGCCAAGCUUGAGCAGCAACAGCAGCAGCAGCAGCAGCAACAACAGCAGCAGCAGCAACAGCAGCAGCAGGAUGACGGUACGGGCAUGAAGGGAGGACCUGGUGGUCCGGGUACGGGCAGACCGGGCUCGGUCGGGCCUGGCGGCCCUGGCGGGAUGAAACAGUCGGACGGUUGCAGUAUUAACGCCGGCGGCGGCGUUCCAGGACCCAACAGCGGUGUGAUGGAUGCGCUCGGCAAGCCGGGCGGCCCGGUGAUGGGUGGCGGCGGUCCGCUGGACGGUGUCGGUGGGCAUCCGCUCGACGGCAAGAUGAACCCCGGCCUGGCGGGCAUGAUGGCGGGCAACAAGCCGUCGAACAAGCUGGAGUACACGCAGCAGCAGAGCCAGAUAUUCGUCUUCUCGACGGCGCUGGCGAACAAGGGCGCCGAGGCAGUGCUGAGUGGCCAGUUCAACUCGAUCAUCGCGUACCAUUGCGCCCAGAUGCAGAAACAGAACCGGCUCGGUGGCCCGGGACCGGACGAGAUGAGCGGGAACAGCGUCGGCCCGGGUGCGAUGUCGCCGUGGAUGGACCACGGGCACCACGGGCACGGUUCGCCCGAUCAUCAUCCGAUGGGCCCGCGUGGUAUGGGCGGACCGGGUGGACCGCCGGACGGUAUGAAAAAGUCCGCCACCAUUCACCAUACGGCCAACGCGUCCUGCCUGGAGAAUGACGGUUCGCUGCCAAUGUUCGGCGGCGGUGGCGGUGUCCCCGACGGGCAUAUGCCGCCGCAUAUGCGCAUGGGACCGGGCGGAGGCCCGGGUCUCGACCCGUCGAUGGUGAUGGGGAAGAAGUCGGCCACCAUCCAUCAUACGCCGAACGCGUGCAUGGAUCAGGACGGAAGCGGUUUGCCGAUGUACCCGUCGGACGGUCACGGCGGUGGCCCACCACACAUGCGCAUGAAUCCGGACGGGAUGUCGAAACCGUCCACGAUCCACCAUACGCCCAGCUCGUGCAUGGAGGGCGACGGUGGCGGUGAUCCGGGUGUGGGUGGCCAUCCGGGCGUGAAGAUGGAAAAUCCGUCGCCCGUUGGGUCGCACAUUUCGCCCAGUGGUGGGGGCGGCGGCGGUGUCCCUGGCGGCGGGCCCGGCGGCGGCCACGGUGGCGGCGGACCCGGCGGUAUGGGCGGCCCGGGAGGACCGGGAAGCGGUGGACCGGGUGGCUGCCCGAGCGGCAGUCACUCGAGCUCGACCAUCAUCGACCAGAUGAACUCGCUCGUGGCCUCUCUGCCGCUGAUGAAGGGCGGCAAUGUGCUGUCGCAAUCCCGUGGCCAUCCGCAGCCGUCGCUGCAGGGCGUGAAGGUGCCGGACGAAAACCUGACGCCCCAGCAGCGGCAACACCGCGAACAGCAGCUGGCAACGCUGCGCCAGAUGCAGAAGAUGUUCUUUCCCGAGCAGCGGGGCAUGGGCAUGGAUCCGCACGGCAUGGGCAUGAGGCCGCAGUUCCGCGGACCGGCCGGUGGGAUGCCGCCGGACUUUGGUGGACCGCCGAACCGACCGCUCAAUCCUGCCUUCAUGAACACGCCCCUCGGCAGUGGCGGUGUCGGCGGCCCAGGCAUGGGCGGCCCGGUGGACGGAGGGCCGGGCCCAGGCCCGGGACCGGGACCGGGCAUGAUCAACGAGCAGAUUCCGCCGAUGCAAUACAACAAACCGAACAUGAUGAACCCUGGCAUGUACGGUGGCGGCAUGGGAGGCGGCGGCGGCGGCCACGGCGGUGGACCGAUGGGCGGCCCGAUGGGUGGCCCAAUGGGUGGACCGAUGGGAGGGCCCGGUGGACCGAUGGGUGGUCCGAUGGGUGGCCCGAUGGGUGGUCCCGGCGGUGGUGGCCCGAUGAAUCGUAUGUACAAAGCGGAUCCCGACCCCAUCUUUCCACCCAUGACGGAGAUGGGAGGGUACGGCGGCGGAGGCGGCGGUGUGAUGAAUAACCACGGGCCCGGCAUGUUCAAUCCCGGCAUGCAGCAGCGAAUGGGCAUGCCACCGGGUGGUGGCGGUCCCGGUCCGGGCGGAGGCGGCCCGAUGGGUGGCGGUCCCGUUGGCCACAUGAUGGGGGGACCGAAAAUGGGCCCAGAUCCGUCAAUGCUCGGCGGGCCCGGUGGUCCCAUACCGCAGUCGCCCCUGAUGGACGACGAUCUGAGCAAGGGCUCGAUGCAGCAGCAGCAGCAGCAGCAAAUGAUGCUUCCCGCAAAUCCACCUCUUCCGCAGCAACCGGGCACACCGACGGGCGGUGUCGGCAGUAACGGUGGCCCCAUGUCGGUCGGCAUGAACCCGGGCCUCAAUCCCAACGGCGCGAAUGGAACGGUCAACAAUAAUGGCAAAACGAAAGAGCCCUCCCUCUCGCCCGAGCAACAGCAGCAGCAGCAACAACAGGGCGGUCCUGGUUCGAACCAGCAACAGCAAGGACCCGGCAGUCAGCAGGGACCACUGACGCCCCAAACGCCCCAAGGCGGACAGCAAACGCCUGGGCAACCUCUUACCCCACAGACAUCGAUGGCCGGAUCGUAGAGCCAACCCAGACACACAAACACACAUACACCCAUUCAUAUACAUCCCCACAGUCCCAACAGAGCAAGCAUCAAGGAAUGAUUGUUUUUGUGUGAAAGAGUGAGAGAAAGAUAGAGGAAGAGAGGAAGCAGAGAGGAAAGGGAAACAAGAUGUAAAAAAAAUAGACAAGCAAAUGGACGAUGAUCGUUCGAGGGCAAAGCAUUUUGGCCGUAAAGCACCCAUUACCGGUCCUUGUCUAAGGAAAAAAAACCUCCCCGUAGCUCACAUACAUCCAUACACUUAAACACAUAGAAACAGUCCCACAUACAUUAUACACAUGAGCAACAAAUCUGCCUUAUCAUUACCGAAUGAAUACGAGCAAAAUGCAAAGAGAAAGCAAAAAGAUAAUACAAACAAAACAAAACAAAAAAAACUGCAAACGAAAAAGGGAUACGAAAACGUGAAACUAUACAAAUAGGACGAGAAGCAUGAAGCGCAUUUGAAGAAGUAUAGAGCAAAAAACAAAUAGAUAAGGAAAGUGUAAAUGCAAAACCCGACGAAGAACAGGAAGAAGCAGCUAAAACAGUACGAUAUCGGUGCGAAAGCAACACAAAGAGAGCGUAAUUGGCGUACAAGCGAGACAGGUGUGAAAAUGAGCGGAAACUCAUAGGCACGCUAGAGAGAAAGGUUAUACACCCUCAAACAACCCCCUUCCCCCUUCCGGGUGAUCGUUUUUGCGAAGCGCUGGUGCUGUUGUGUACAGGCAGGAGUUCUUGAUGUAAUAGCUUCUUAUGUUGGUAUGUUGCUUUCAUUUCUGUCCUCAAGGACUCAAAGCGGUUGACGUGCCGUUUGUUUUCCCUCACGUAGUUUUCCCGGCCCAUUGCAAGAUCGUGCGCAACACCAAUUCUUUAUUUGUGGUAUUUUCUGCUCCUUAUUUGGCGCCACAACCUUUUAGUCGGUCUAGGCCUGCCUAAGCCACCCAAGGAGCUUCGCUGUCUGUGACUUGUUGGUGUACUCAUAGUUUUAUCUUAGUUUUAUCCCACACUAAAGCAAACACCCGCCCAACCACCCAACAAUCGAUCACUACGGCCCGCAUUGCAAUGGAGGUGUGUUAGUAUUAGGGCUUUAAAGAAAUUGUAUUAUUUUAAAUGUGUUUGUUUCCAUCAGACUCCUCUCCCCAACCCCCCUCCCCCUCGCUACUACACCUCUUUUGCACUGGGAACAGGAUUGAACGAAAUGCGCUGGUCGAUUGCAUUAUUGCUCCUCCAUAUCCUACUUGUACUUCUCUCUUUGUUGGAAUGCAUUGUAUUUUGCGUGCGACGCUCCGCGGACAGGCCACUCAAACGCGUUUUAUCUUUUACAUACAUAAAGGUGCCGACGAACACGAAAUUAUUAUUUUUAUUUUUUGGCAUUCGACCGAAACAAACGGUAAUAGAUAAUUUCUUCUUCUAACGUACA